GGGAGUACUAAUAAUCAGAUUCCACCAUCUACUGCCCCGCUAAAUAGUAAACACGCAUCAAUUAUUGACGUCACCCAAAGGCCAGAAAGUUGUACACUCUGAUUUGAGGUAUUUAGACUUAUUGGAAACGUUACCGAGGGAACUAUUUAGUGGAUGUUAAUAUUCAAGAGAAGGCGAGCAAUUAAAUUGGACCCACGCGUUUUUAAAUAUUGAAUUCUUAUAAGAACUUUUGACUGAUUGUAUCAAGAGUUGAGUACGGAUUCCAAAUAGGAGUGACCAAAGAGUGCAAACAGCAAUACCUGUAAAUAGCAACUAAGGUUCCACAAGAAAAUGGUGCGUCCCGUCCUAGUCACCCUUGUCAUAUGCUGUGUAGUAGCACUCUACCAGACAAACGCCAACACACUCAGGCAAAAACGCUCUUCUACACCAAAAGACAGGGGUGCAUUGUCACAACAUCUAAUAAGAUGGAUGAAAAAGAAUUUUUACGACGAGUGUGCUGGUAGCUGCUCUGUGAAUGCAAAUGGCGAGGACGACUGUACCUGCUUUGGAUACUUCUGUUCUGUGGAAACCAACGAAAUACAGAAUAUCGGGGCACGGGAAGAGGGCGUCUGCAGUCCAUUGGCGCAGUUCUGGGGCUACAAGUAACUUAGUGCCUAGACACGGAAAACCUCUGGGACCACCAGUGAUAUGGGCCUAAGACAAGACAUCGUUUCACACAUUUAAAAACAAUUUGAAACCGCUGAAUUUAUUCUCAUUAACACAUUUGUCUACCAUAUUUUUUAUAUUGUUUUCAAUAGG